AUGGUGGUCACUUAUCUCCCCGAAUAUGAAAGCGACGAAACACAUCCCCAGCACCAUGGGCUCGAGCCCGCCAUCCCGCCGUUCGCGGGCCGCAUGGGCGGAAACCAGGAUUUUGUGGUUGAUAGGACGGACCCCAAGAACUCAAAGGUGCUAGAGAAGGUGCCCGACGCAGCACCGUGCAUGACACUAAAAGAGAUAUUCGACUUGCGGGGGUUCCUGAGCGUGGAUCUAUGGAAGUUUGCUGUGCUAGAAUGCAUAGCAAGUAUGAUGAACGUUUUCAUCACCUGCUGGGUAACAACUCACCCACUCUCCGCAACAACAUCCCCCAAAGGCCAAGCCGGCGUCUACGGAACAGUCACCUUUUUCUCCCCAGCAUUCGGCGGCCUCACCAACCUCCUCCUCACUCCACUCCUCAUCUACACCUUCUCCCCUUCUAGCGGUGGCCACAUCAGCCCCACAAUCACUCUCGCCACCUUCUUCGCCCGCAUUAUCACUUUCCCGCGCAUGAUCCUCUAUUUGGCUGGCCAAACUUUGGGAGGCGCACUCGCCGGCUUUGCCAUGCACUCCGCGUACGGCACGCGUGAGUUCACCGUGGGAGGAUGCCACAUCGACUCGACCAUGGUGUCUGCAACAGAUGGACUAGUCAUUGAGUUCUUUGCGUGCCUUAUUUUGAUUUUCUUGGCGUUUGGUGUUGCCUUGGACCCUAGACAGGCCAAGGUGUUUGGCCAUGCUGUUUCGCCGUGGCUGGUCGGUGUUGUGUUGGGAGUUGUUACAUGGGGAACGGCAUUUACGAGGGAGGGGUAUAUUGGUGCUAGCGUUAAUCCAGCGAGGUGUUUCGGCGCUUAUGUCGCCAGUGAAUUUCCGACGUAUCAUUGGAUUCAUUGGGUUGGUCCCCUGGCUGCAGCAGUGGCGCAUGGGCUUGUCUAUUUCGUUGAUCCCCUCUGGAAGGAUCCUCGCGCGGAGUAA